AUGUCAGCGAUAUCGCAGGACGAGUCGGACAAGCAUUUUGCUUCCACCUCAAGAUUGCCAUCAUCAUUUCCUUUUGAAGUGAAAGAUUUUCCAACCAUGACAUCGACGUAUGAGACAGACCCAAGCUUUGAUGCUGAAAACCCAAGCUUCGAUAACCCCGAAGUAAGAAAGGCUAUGGGACAAGAUGACCCUGGAAUGAAGGCGUUCGCUGCUUACCAAGACGGUGAACAACCUGCAGAGGAGUUGGUUGCCCGAAGCUAUGCAGAAGAUGCCAGCUAUAAGUCUAUGACCGAUAAGACAUUCGACGACGAUGUUUCCAAAGCACAAUCAAAGGAGCUAGAAUCGCCUGCAUCCCCAAGUCUUCAGGCAAUCAAUAUUGCAAACAUUAUUUGCUACAUCGCUAACGUCAGUAUUGUGUUCAUCAUCGGAUCCACCAACAUCUCGGAUAUUCCCACCAACGCAGAAAUCUCUGCCAAGUAUCCUACUCUACUCACUCCUUCUGGAUAUGCCUUUUCCAUCUGGGGAGUCGUCUUCCUUGCACAAUUGAUAUGGGCAGUUGCUCAGUUGCUCCCUGCCUACCGAGCAUGUGAUUUGGUGAUCAACGGUGUUGGCUGGAACUACGUCUGGAUUUGCAUCGCUCAAAUCGCGUGGACUGGAUUCUUUGCUCAAGAGUACAUUCUUAACUCUAUGAUUGCAAUGAUCUUCAUCCUUAUUCCAUUGAUGAUUGUUCUGUUCCGAUUCAGAAACCACAUGACAAAUGAUAACCAAAGCUACUUUCUCCUCAAGCUCCCUUUCGAGACCCAUGCUGCAUGGAUCAUGGCUGCCUCAUUGGUCAACUUUAGUAUUUUGCUUGUAGAUAUGGGAUGGUUUUCCAAGAAUUUCCAAGUCGUGGUUGCGGUCCUCAGUAUUCUUCUAUUGGCUGGUGCUGGUUUCUUCUUUACUAUGCAGGAACAGUAUGCUGUCCCAUGCGUCAUCGGAUGGGCAACGUUGGCGAUUGCCAUCAAGCUUUCGGAUCCUUACAACAUUUCUAUGGUGGAGCGUUUCCCAUCUGCCGCCAUUUCUGGACUUGAAUUUGCUGCAGGAGGUUUGGCUGCAUUCUUGUGGUUGUUUGUCUUGACCAAGAUCUAUAUUCUUGACGCAAGGGAGGCUUCUUCGAACCAAGAAACUUUGUUGAAUGACGCUUCCCCCGCAGAAGAGGAUGACUACGUCAAGCUUUAA